CGGGGAAAGCCGUUUCGCACCCGGCGGAGGCGAGGUCUAGGUUCUUUUGCCUCAGAGCUUCCCCAGAAUAUUUUUGGAAAUUAUGGAUCGUCAUAUUCCCAUGCAUGCCUUACCUGAAGAAAUCCAAAAGAUGUCGCCAGAAGAAAAAGUUUGUAAGUACUGUGGAGUCAGCUAUCUAAUUCUUCAUGAAUUUAAGGCUAUGGAAGAAAAAGUGAAAGCAAUGGAAAAAGAGUUGAAAUUCUAUCAAGGAAGUAUAGAACGUGAAAAGAGGCUUCAAGAAAAGCUACAGUCUCUUAGCCAAGAUUUUGAACAGUACAAAAUUGACAAUGAAUCCAAAGCUGAAAGAAUUCAGGAUGCAAGAAUGCAGUUAAAAAGUCAACAAAAUGAAUUCCAGAGAAUACAGAAAGAAUUGAGUCAUAUGCAACAUGAAUUAAAUAUUAAACACAGACAAUUGCAAGUCUUCAGUCAGAGAUCAUUGGAAUACAACUAUUUCUGGAAUAAGACUCUUUCUUUACUUACCUUUACUAAAAGAGAGCUAACCAGUAUUAAAACGGAAGUAUAUGACAAUUUUCAAAACUGGACUUUGCUGAAAGGAGAAGUUUUUCUACAAAUUAAAUCUAUAAGUGAAACAGCAUUGACAGAAAUAGACAGAUUAAAUAAAAGCUUGACAGUGUCCCAGAGAAGUAAGUUAUGCCUUGAAGAGGAAAUGAAAAAUCUGAAAUUGUUGUCAGAUGCAGCCAUAUUGAGGUCUCAGCAGAUUGAGACAUCUAAACAACAGGAAGUAAGCUUGCAAGCCAGAUGCCAUGAAUUUCAAAAAGAAGUACUAGAUUUGCAGUGUCAAGUCGAGGGGCUUGGCUUAAAGCUUCAGAGGGCAGUGACAGAGCUGGACAGCUGUAAAGAACUGCUCAUGAAUAAAUCUAAUGAAGCUGAUGAGUGUCAAAGAAAACUUAGAAAACUGAAAUUUGAAGCCAUCAUUUCUGAGUCACGACACACUAGGCUACUUAAAGAAAAAGAAGACUCUCUAAUGAAUUGUCAACAAAUGCAUAAAGUUUUGCAGGAACAACUGACUGUAAAAGAGAAGCAAGAAGAAGACAUAAAAAGAAGAGUUAAUCUUGCAGAAAAUGAACUAGAAAUAACUAAAAGUAUUCUGAAUCAGACAAAGGAAGAGGUUGUAACACUGAAAAAUGAAAGGAAUUUGAUGCUGAUUUCACAUCAGAAAAACAUCGAGCAGCUGCAGGAAACCCUUAGACAGAAGCUGCUGAGUGAUGAUAACUGGAGGGAGAAGAUUGAAGCUGAACUUGCCAAGGAAAGAGCCCGACAUGUAGUUGAGUUUGAGGAACAAGCUCUUCUCUUUAAGGAAGAAGCGAAACUGGAACUUGAUAUUGAAAAAGAAAAGCACCAAGAAAUAAUCCAGAAGUACAAGAAAGAACAAGAAGAACUACAAACGAAGAUAUCUGACUUAAUCGCAGGCGCUACAAGGGAUCUAAGGCUAGAAGUGACCAAUCUUGAAGAAAAACUCCAUGAAUCCCAUAUCCGAUACGCUAAAGAAUCUGAAUCAAAGGCAAAAGAAAUUGAAAACCUUAAAAUUUUGGUUGCAGAAUUUGAGUCUCGCUUGAAGAAGGAAGUUGACAGUAAUGAUUCACUUUCAGAAGACUUACGGAAGGAAAUGCAACAGAAGUCAGAUGAACUGGAAAGAGUAAUGCUGGCACAGACACAACUGAUGCAGCAGUUUAACCAGUCCCAGGAAGAGAACACGCUUCUUCAGGAGACGGUGCGUAGAGAGUGCGAAGAACGCUUUGAACUGACGGAGGCUUUGAGUCAAGCCAGAGAGCAGCUCCUGGAGCUCAGGAAGCUCAGUGGCAGUCUACCUUUGUCGCCGUGUUCGCUCGGCAAGGGCAGUCUAACCUCCUGCGCCGCGACAGUCAGUAACCACCGAGAGAGAGGCCUUGCGAAACUGAACUCGGAAAAAGGAGCCCGCGUCCCCAGCCUGUACGGAGUGUCCAAACCCACCCCUGCCCCAGCCUCGGAGAAGCCCAAGAGGGCCGGCAGCUCGGGCUUGCCUGUUCUCCCCCAGACACACCCUCCUAGGGGCCAGUCACCUUCAGUGAACGAGACCAGACGGAGGCUGGCGAUCAUGCUUCGGAAGAGGCUGAGUCAACAGUGA